AUGAUGAGUGUAAAAAUUAUUCGAAAUCUUCGUUUAGUCAUUGCAUUAGUUACUCUAGGUGCCACUUAUUUCUUAGUUUCUUCUUUUUAUUCAUCAUCAAAAGAAGUGUCAACAACAACGACAACCACUACCACCGUCCCAAUUCUUUCCAACAAGACAGUCCCAUCAUUGGUUUCAUCAAAACCAAAGGAGAAAAAUACCAUUCGUGUUGCUGUUGUUGUUUCAUUAGCGAAACAAACAUCACACAUCGCUGAAUUUCAUUUACUUUAUGAUUCAUGGCGUUUCCUUGAGCAUUUCUCACCAUUAUCUCAACAAGUCAAAGUCGAUCUGAUCGUUUUCUGUGAACAGCCGAGUUGUUCGCAAUUACCUUCGUUCUGUUUACCACUUUCCUUCAACAACAAGUUACAACCAAAUCCAUCGUGUUUUUACGAAGAACUAUCGGUGAAAAUCGUUGAAGAAUGGAACGAUUACCUUUAUAUGACCUCAAUUGCUUUCCUAUUAACGCCCCAAUAUCGAUCAACCAUCCUUAAAUAUGAUUGGAUCUUACGCGUCGAUCAAGAUGCAAUUAUAAGUCCAGCUCUUCUCUUCGGUUUGUUAAAUAAACAUCCGGUGAAAUUGUACGACAUGCAAUUUGGUUCGACGGGCCAUGGUACUGAAUUCACAUAUAAACGCAUAAGAGAUAUCGCAAAAAAACUAGGUUAUAAACAUAUGGGAAUACAUAAUUUAUGUUCAACAUGGUUAGUUCAUCCCAAUGAUUCGAUUCAAAUUGCAAAUCUAACCACCAUCAUCGGACGACAUUUUCUUAAGAAUGAAUACGGACCACAUGUUCCAGGUCGGAGCAAACUAUAUAGAAAAGCAUUGGAAAUAUUUUCUUCGUUUCUAGGUAUUGAAAAUUUACCUGCGAUCGGUGAAUGGCCAAAAUGGUGGCGGGGUGUGACAUCUCUAUAUGCUGCUAGUAUCGCCAUCAAUCAUAUUUAUUCGUCAACGAUUGCUGCGCAUCAUCAAUCACCUGCAAUCGAUCAUCCAUCGUUUUCAACUAGUUCAAUAUGGCAUGCCUGGCAUAUUCAUUCUUUGCAUAAUUCUGAACCGUUUGCAAAGUUUCAACAUCGUGGUCAUUUGCAAGAAUUUAUAAACGAGGAUCCAGCGAAACGAAUUAUUCGAAUGUCCAAUACAACCUAUACGCAAGAAGUUUUAAACGCAGUCAUAAAAGAAUUUCGUGAAAUUUAUUAUAAUAAUGGCAAAUUUAAUGGCAUCAUAUCUGUUCGAACUUACGUAACUGCUUUAGCAUGGCAAAAAGCGCACGCAGCUACAGGUGCGAUUAAUUUAAAUUGA